CCUGAGCUCUCGUUCUCCUACCUACCACCAAGCUGAAUACCUCACCCGACUAUCCUACUAUUCUUUAUUCAAUAUGAAUCCUACUACUACUGCUGCUGCUCCUGCUGCUGAUCUGACUAUUGCUCCUACUACCCCCGCUCCUAAUCGGUUUUUGGUCCCAUUUGAAUAUCUACUCGAGGAUUCAAGCUUAAAGGAACACGCCCCUUGCGCUUCCCAUCUGACCCGCGGUCAACGCCGCAAUGUUCAAUUAAUGCCAAGACCGGGCUAUACUUAUAAGCAAAUAUCCCGUGAGCUUGGUAUUACUAUACCUACGCUAAGUUCAUUUACCUGCCAGCUGGAACCCUCUACUCCGCAAAAACCUCCCGGAUGCCCGUCUAUAUUAUCUAGCAGUAGUAUAAUAUCUUAUGGACUGAUAAAACGUGGGUAAUUACGAAACGGCAUACUAGAACCUGGAUGACUAGAUGUUUUCAUAAGGCUCUAAAUCUUACCUAUAUCGCGGAGCGGCAUCUAAUGAAAAUUGGUU